GCCUCCUCGAAAUCCUCCGGCGCGGCCCACUACCUGCCUCCGGUCCCGCUGAAGGAGCCGGUCUCGGCAGGCUUGAAAGCGGAAUUCGGAUUCACUCCUCACAGGCCACAGCGAGAGGUUGAACGGGCGGAUCGCGUUUCUCGGGCUGGCGGCGCUGCUACUGGUGGAGCUGGCGACGGUGAAGAGCGUGCUCAGCUACCACACCCCGUCGAUCGUCCUCGUCCAGAUCUAAUUCGUGGCUGCGGUGCCGGCGUUGUACAUUGA